GGUAGGUACCAAUAKUAUGUACCAACUGCCAACCAAUCAGAAAUCCUUGAGUUCUAGUCGUACCUACUGUCAUCCUAUGCGUUGCAUAUCGUCGGGUCGUCAUCGUAGUCGUCGUUGUCCGUUGCGAAAAGCGCACGUCUGUCUAUAUAUUUUGCGUUUAUCCACAUAUUCAUAUUAAUCAAUCAAUUUUACGUUUAUCCGCGUGUUAGGAUAAUUCAGAAAACAAAAUGAACGCGUCUCGCUUUUAUACACCAACUGAAUAAUAAUUAUUUAUUAAUCGACGACAUCGAGAUGUAGUGGCGAGGUGAAACUCGAUGAACUCUUCAGAGGCAAGUCUAAUUAUUCUAGCCGACCGAACCCGGUUAAAGGCAUUUACCGUCAUACUCCUAAUUGCCUUUCGUGUAAACACUUAAGUUAAAUACUAAWUCGUUACACUCACCCAUCACUUAUCAACUCAUAAAAGAAGUUCACCUGUCACUACCUUUCGGUUACCUACUGGAGCGUCGCGCCACAGUGACGAUAUGCGGUGGUUACCGUGGUCGUUGCAAUCGGUGGUCACGCUAGCGGCCGCGUUGGCGUGCGCUACGGACGCCGCGAGGAUAUUGGCCGUGGAGACGAUGGCCGGCGUGAGCCACUGGAACUUCAUGAGCGGCGUGCUGCGGGCGCUUGUUGACAGCGGACACACGAUCACCGCAUUCACGCCGUUUCCGACCGCUGACGGCGACCGCCCGCGUGACAACUACACCGAGGUGGACCUGUCMCGGGAAUUGCUGGUCGCCCGCGACAAUCAGUUGGCGGACAUCGUGCAAAAGUGGCGCACGCCCGUUGGCCAAGCGUUACAGUGGGCACGGCGAAGUCGGUACGUGUGCGACAUGGUCUACGGCCACCCGGCGAUGAGGGACUUGCUGCGGUUGCAUCGCCGGGACGGCCGCCCGCCGUUCGACGUCGUCAUCGUCGAGCCGUUCUUGUCGGAUUGCGUGUCGUACGUGGCCGGCCAGUUGGGCGUGCCGCUCAUAUUCGCAUCGGCGUUACCGGCCAUCGGGUUAAUGGAACGCUUGCAUACUGGCCACGUGCCCAACCCCGCGACCGCGUCGCACCUGGUCGCCGGCCACGGGGUUCCCAAGACGUUUGCACAGAGGCUGACGAAUUCAGCGCUGUUCGCGUACAAUGACGUCGCUAUAGAGUACGCGGAGAGAGUKCUCAAGUGCACCGAUCCCAAAGAGUACGAUACGGCGCCAACCGUCACUACGUCUCUGAUGUUCAUCAACGGCCAUUACGUCAGCGAACCCCCCAACCCCGUCCUGCCGUCCAUCAUCCACGUCGGCGGCAUACACCUGAGACCACCUAAAGAGUUGCCGGAGGAUAUAUUAGAGUUUAUAGAACAAUCUUCACAUGGUGUCAUUUAUUUCACUUUUGGUUCAACUGUUAAAAUGUCUUCAAUACCAGAACACAUUAGAAAUGCGUUUAUUGAUGUCUUGGCUCAAAUUCCUCAGAGAGUUUUAUGGAAAUAUGAAGAUGAAUUAGAAAAYAAACCCAAAAACGUAAUGAUGAAAAAGUGGCUUCCCCAAAGAGACAUUCUUAUGCACCCUAAAGUUAAACUAUUCAUCAGUCAUGGUGGUAUAUCUGGAUUAUAUGAAGCCGUAGAUGCCGGUGUUCCAGUACUUGGAUUUCCUUUAUUUGGUGAUCAA